AUGUGUUCAUCAUCGCAUAGGUGGGCACGCAUCGGGGGUGGGAAGAAACUUACAGUGAACACAGUAGGAACCCAAGCUCAUAGUCCCGUACAUGAAGGGGAUGAGCAAGAGUUGGAGAGAAUGGCGGUGGUGGUGUUGGUGGUUAUGCAAGGCACGAGGCCUGUGAAGGUUGCAGUCUUUGUCGAGCUCAGAGCUCAGGUCAAUGUCUUGUUAGCGGCUGACUAA